GCCAGCACCGCCGCGCCUAAAGCCCACGUGCACUGCUGAACCGGAUCGCCGCAGCGCGGAGGCUGACAGCAAAGCCUGCGGGGGCCGCCGCCCGCGCUCCUCCUGGAGCAGAGGAUUUUGAUUUCAAAGGAAGGAAGGAAGGACAACUCCCAGCUUCCCUGUCCCGCCCUCUCCGCUCCGGCGGCCGGGCCGGCCAUGCCAAGGAAGGCGGCGACAGUCGGGCAGCGGGGACUUUUCUGGUAGGCUCGUGGCGAGGGGCGCGGACUAGCUGUCUGCGGUGCCCCGACUUACGGUUCCCUAGAGCGCGCAUAGUGCCCCGAAGAGCUUGCCGCGGGCUUGGGCCCGCCCCGCGACGCCCGGCCCCCGGCCGCCGCCACCCCGAUCUCUGUGCCCGCCGCGGUGGGUGGCAUGAUGGUGCGCGGAAGGCAGCGUGGCCCUGGCCAGCUGAGUCGCGGCGGCGGUGGUAGUGGGCUCCCCAGCGGCAUGCCAGUGCCCCCUGGGCGCGAUGGCUAGCGGCAGCGCCGGGAAGCCCACUGGCGAGGCGGCUUCUCCGGCUCCUGGGAGCGCCGUCGGCGGGGCCAGCUCGCAGCCGCGGAAGAGGCUAGUGUCUAUCUGUGAUCACUGCAAGGGCAAGAUGCAGCUGGUGGCCGACCUGCUGUUGCUGUCUAGCGAGGCACGGCCGGUGCUCUUCGAAGGUCCCGCCUCGCCUGGCGCUGGUGCGGAGUCCUUCGAGCAGUGCCGAGACACCAUCAUCGCGCGCACCAAGGGGCUGUCCAUUCUCACCCACGACGUGCAGAGCCAGCUCAACAUGGGCCGCUUUGGAGAGGCGGGGGACAGUCUUGUGGAACUGGGGGACUUGGUGGUGUCGCUGACCGAGUGUUCUGCACACGCGGCCUACCUGGCAGCCGUUGCCACUCCAGGCGCUCAACCUGCCCAGCCCGGCCUUGUGGACCGCUACCGUGUGACACGCUGCCGCCACGAGGUGGAACAAGGCUGUGCUGUGCUUCGAGCCACCCCACUGGCCGACAUGACCCCUCAGCUAUUGCUGGAGGUGUCACAGGGCCUGUCGCGCAACCUCAAGUUCCUGACUGACGCGUGCGCCCUGGCCAGUGACAAGUCACGGGACCGCUUCUCACGAGAGCAGUUUAAGCUGGGCGUCAAGUGCAUGAGCACUAGUGCAUCCGCGCUGUUGGCAUGUGUUCGCGAGGUGAAGGCAGCGCCCAGCGAGCUGGCCCGCAGCCGCUGCGCACUCUUCAGCGGGCCCUUGGUGCAGGCUGUGAGUGCUUUGGUGGGCUUUGCCACCGAGCCUCAAUUCCUGGGUCGGGCAGCGGCUGUGAGUGCUGAGGGCAAGGCGGUGCAGACCGCCAUCCUGGGAGGCGCCAUGAGUGUGGUGUCAGCCUGCGUGCUCUUGACCCAGUGCCUCAGGGAUCUGGCGCAGCACCCCGAUGGGGGCGCCAAGAUGUCGGACCACAGGGAGAGGCUGAGGAACUCGGCCUGUGCCGUGUCUGAAGGCUGCACCCUGCUAUCUCAGGCUUUAAGGGAAAGGUCUUCACCCAGGACUUUACCGCCAGUGAAUUCCAAUUCUGUGAAUUAGCACCUCCCCACACCCAUACCUAUUUUCCACCCCAGGCUAAAGGAAAACACUCCUCCCCUCUCCAUUUAUACCAAAGAAAUCAUAGGUGACCCCUCUCCCCCUGUUAAAUGCUCAAGAGAAUUUUCCAGAAGGCAGGGCCAUGCACACAACAUGUACACAGAGGGCCCAGGUGUCUACCAGCACACAGUAGGGCCUCAUCCAGAAGCUGGGUAGUCUGCUGGCUACAGGAUUGCCCCUACACACCCCAGCCCCUCAACUUAAUUACUAAUUGGGCAGGAAAGAGGUCAUAGGUUCAUUUCUUUCUUCUUUUUAAUUAAAAGAAAGGUUACCUCAGUUUUCACUCCUUAGACAUGGAUGUAGCUACCUUUUUGUAUGUUUUAUUUUUGUUGAAUUAGAGUAUACAUGGUGUGAAAAAGAGUAUGAUUUUGCCAUGUGAUUUGCAAGUGGGGGGGGGGGGAAAGCUACUGUGAGCGUGUGUUUUAUUUUUUAACUUACACUAUAGAGUGAUUUUCCCCCAAUGUCAAGUUUUUACCCUGCAUGUACUGGAGUAUUUAUUUCAUCUAUUAAAUUGUUAUGUUUCUC